AAACCCUAUGAAUGUAAGGAAUGUGGAAAGGCCUUCAAUUCCGGUUCAAAUUUCAUACAACACCAGAGAGUUCAUACUGGUGAGAAGCCUUAUGAAUGCAAGGACUGUGCGAAGGCCUUUAGUCGAAGCUCACAAUUGAUUGAACAUCAGCGAAUUCAUACUGGAGAAAAACCCUAUCAGUGUAAGGAAUGUGGCAAGUCCUUCAAUCGCAUCUCACAUCUUAAAGUUCAUUAUAGAAUUCAUACUGGUGAAAAACCCUAUGCAUGCAAGGAAUGUGGGAAGACCUUUAGUCAUCGGUCUCAGUUGAUUCAACAUCAGACUAUUCAUACUGGCAAGAAACUCUAUGAAUGUAAGGAAUGCGGGAAGGCCUUUAAUCAAGGUUCAACUCUUAUUCGACAUCAGAGAAUUCAUACUGGUGAGAAACCCUAUGAAUGUAAAGUAUGUGGAAAGGCCUUUAGAGUGAGCUCACAACUUAAGCAACAUCAGAGAAUUCACACUGGAGAGAAGCCCUAUCAAUGCAAGGUAUGCAGUAGGGCCUUUAAGCGUGUCUCACAUCUUACUGUACAUUAUAGAAUUCAUACUGGUGAGAAACCAUAUGAAUGUAAGGAAUGUGGGAAGGCUUUUAGUCAUUGCUCACAACUGAUUCAACAUCAGGUAAUUCAUACUGAGGAAAAGCCCUAUGAAUAUAAGGAAUGUGGGAGGAAUUUAAGUCAUGAUUCAACUACUGUUCAGCAUCAGAGGAUGCAUAAGAGGAACACAUGUGAAUAUAAUAAAUGUAGAAAAGCCUUCCAUCAGCACUUACCCAUUAUUAAUCAUCAGAGAAUUUAUGUUGGCAAGCAACCAUAUGAAUGGAAGUAAUGGGGAAAGUCCAUUAGCUUAAGCUAAUCACAGCUUACCUCCUGCAUCUUGAAGAAAGACUUAAGGAAUGUAAUUCAAGUGAGAAUGCCUUCGUUCAGAACUUAUCUUUUAUCCAAUGUCAGAAAAUUCAUAUCAAAGAAAGAUUUUAUCGAUGUAAAUUGUUUAGGCCAUGCUUGUCAAAGAAGCAUGGAAAGGUUGGAAAAACUUUUUUCAUAACACAUUCCAGAAUCACAUUUUCUAACCACUGCGUGGUUAAAUUUAACAAGAAUCAAAAGUUUUAGUUUUCUUGGAGAUAACAAAAACACAGCCAAAUUACUCUUGGGUUAACAAGGAAAUAAAUCUUGCAGUUCUAUGAAUGGUAAUGAAAAGAAUAAAUUGAGAGUUUUACAUGCCAAGAGGUGAGAUGUAGCCAAAACUGGAGGAAUUUUUACAGUCUUUAAAUGUAUGUGCAUGCAUUAAACCUGAAAGAUUAUAUUCACAUGCAUUGAAUAAGCUACUCAAGACUAGCAAACACCCAAGCAAUGAAAGAACAAAUUAAAAUAAAAACAGCAAAUGAUGAAAUAGAAAAUGAUCAUUUUAUAAUAAUCUCAGUUUUUAUUUCUUCCUGAUUCAAGAGUAAUCUAAAUUUAGUAGAAUGCUUCCAAAUUUCCACAUUGUUAAAUUGUUUUAUCUUGCAUGACUUCUGUCACAAACAUUGGUUGCCUAUCCAGCAGCCAUACCCAGGUCCCCUUAUUGGCAGCAUCUGUGUCUUGCCUUAGAAUCUGAAGAUAUUGGAUGCUAACUUUCCAGCCUCCUUGUGCAGCUCGAGGUAGCUGAUUUGUCUCAGUGUUGGCUAGUGGGAUCUGCUGG